GAAAAAUGGCCGCUGCUCUACUACGGAGACGUCACAUUCCUGUGGCGAAGCGGAAAUGACCCCUGGGAGGUGUGGCGCUUCCAGGAAAAGGAGCCGGUAACUAUACUGGCAGCAAGAUGGAUUCGCUGUGGCUACUUCUGGGUUUUGGCUUUUGCCUGUCUUCAGCGAGUACAGAUUCCAAGGGUGUCACCAUGUCCCUCACCACCAAGUGGGCUUCUACAUCCUUGCUGCUGGAGGCCAGUGAAUUUCUUGCGGAUGAAGGACGGGAUCAGUUCUGGAACUUUGUGGAUGAAAACCAGCAAAUAGAAGAUCAAGGCUCUGACUCCGCUAACUAUAACCUGUUACUGACUCUUGCCAGCCGCCACCUUUCCUCAGUCCAGCAGAACCUACUGAAGUUUGCCCUAUCUCUUCGCUUAUACUCGGCAACUGUGCAAUCAUUCCAACAGAUUGCAGUUGAUGAGUCCCCACCCUCAGGAAGUAAAGCUUUCAUUGUGGUCCAUGGAAAGAAGACCCAUGACCUUAGUGAGCUGCCAUCUCUUCUCAGUGAAGCUCAGGAAAGGCCAAAACCUUUCUUGUUCAAGGGAGAUCACCAAUACCCUGGUUCCUCAUCUGAGAGCCCAGUGGUAAUACUAUACGCUGAGAUUGGCUCUGAAGGCUUUUCCAAGUUUCACCAGCAUCUCUCAGAGAAGUCUCGAGCAGGGAACAUUUUAUAUGUGCUAAGACAUUAUGUUGCGAAUCCUGAAGCAGAGAAAGUUUUCCUCUCUGGUUAUGGUGUGGAGUUGGCCAUUAAAAGCACAGAGUAUAAAGCUAAAGAUGACACAGAAGUUAAAGGGGAUGGGGUAAAUGCCACAGUGGUGAGUGAUGAUACCACAGAUGAAGUUCAAGGAUUUCUGUUUGGAAAACUCAAACAGCUAUACCCAGAGCUUAAAGAGCAGCUAAAAGAGCUGAGGAAACAUUUAGUGGAAAGCACCAAUGAAAUGUCACCUUUGAAAGUCUGGGAGUUACAAGAUCUGAGCUUUCAGACUGCGGCUCGUAUCCUGGCUGCUCCCUCCUCUGAAGCUCUGAUGCUCAUGAAAGAUUUGAGCCAGAAUUUUCCUACUAAGGCCAGAGCUUUAACAAAAACUGCUGUUGAUCCUGCGUUGAGGAAAGAAGUAGAAGAAAAUCAAAAAUAUUUUAAGAAUAACCUAGGCCUACAUCCUGGAGACUCUGCUCUGUUUAUUAAUGGAAUGCUUAUUGAUCUGGACAGCCAAGACAUCUUCAGUUUAUUUGAUGUCCUGCGUAAUGAGGCUCGGGUGAUGGAGGGUCUCCACCGAUUGGGUAUAGAAGGUCCAGCAUUGCAUAAUGUCCUCAAACUUAACAUCCAGCCAUCUAAUGCUGACUAUGCUGUGGAUAUUCGAAACCCUGCUAUACUGUGGGUGAACAAUCUGGAGAUCGACAGCAGAUACAACUCAUGGCCAUCCAGCGUUCAAGAACUUCUGCGGCCUACCUUUCCUGGAGUCAUCCGGCAGAUCCGCAAAAACUUCCAUAACUUUGUCCUCUUUAUUGACCCAGUACAAGAAUCUACCUCUGAGCUGAUCAACAUGGCAGAGAUGCUCCUGACUAACCAUAUACCUGUGAGGAUCGGGUUGGUGUUCGUAGUGAAUCAAGCUGAUGAGGUUGAUGGUUUUGAGGACGCAGGUGUUGCUCUGCUAAGGACUUUCAACUAUGUGGCUGAUGAAGAAGAUAAUUAUCACGCUUUUCAGAUCGUUAUAUCGAUCUACAACAAGUUACGGGCUGGUGAAAAGCUGACUGUGAAACAUGUCACCAGUGUCCUGGAACAAAAGUACCGCUAUGUGGAGCUGAGCAGUAUCCUAGGCCUGGACUCUGCUUAUGACCAGGAUAGAAAGGAGGGGAGGGAAUACUUCCUACAGACAGGUUUGUCUCCGCUGCCUGUGGUUCUUUUCAAUGGUGUACCAUUCUCUAAAGACCAGUUGGAUCCUGAUGAACUGGAGACUGCAACAAUGCAAAAAGUUCUCGAAACAACAACCUUCUUCCAGAAAGCUGUCUAUUUGGGGGAAAUGCCUCACGAUCAGGAUGUUGUGGAUUAUCUUAUGAAUCAGCCUAAUGUCGUUCCUCGAAUUAAUCUGAGGAUACUAGAGGUGGAGCGGCAGUACCUGGACCUGACUGCUAUAAAUAAUUUCUUUGUGGAUGAUUAUGCUAGAUUCAGUGUGCUGGACUCCAGCGAUAAGAGUGCGGCCAUAUCAAAUAGUAUGAACUACCUCACUAAGAAAGGAAUGUCAUCCAAGGAAAUUUAUGAUGACUCUUUUGUGAGACCCGUCACAUUCUGGAUUGUUGGGGAUUUCGAUAAACCAUCUGGGCAGCAACUUCUGUAUGAUGCAAUUAAACACCAGAAAACAAGUAACAAUGUCAGAAUUGGCAUGAUCAAUAAUCCCAGCGUAGAUGCCUCUCCCAAGACCACCCGUAUUGGCAGAGCCAUCUGGACAGCUCUACAAACACAAAGCUCUAACCAUGCCAAGAACUUUAUCACCAAAAUCGUCAAAGAAGAGAAUGCCCGGGCACUGGAGGCUGGCCAGGACAUUACUAAAUUUGCUGUUGGGGGAAUGGAUGUCGGUCUGUUCCAGGAAGCCUAUGACUCUCCUAAAGUUGAUUUUAUACGAUCCCAUUCUGCAUACUGUCGGGAUGUUCUGAAGCUAAAGAAAGGGGAACGGGCUAUUAUUGCUAAUGGAAGAGUGAUUGGACCCCUUAAGGAAGAAGAAAUUUUUAACCAAGAUGACUUUCAUCUCCUGGAGAACCUAGUUUUAAAGACCUCUGCACAGAAGAUCAAAUCCCACAUCCUGAAGCUAGGAGUGGAGGAAGAUCAUGCCAGUGAUUUGGUCAUGAGAGUGGAUUCUCUUUUAUCCUCCCAGCCAAAAGGUGAAGGGAGGAUUGAUUACCUGCUAAAAGAAGAUCAGUACAGUGCCAUUAAGACGAGACCUAAAGAAGGCAUGAUGUACUUUGAGGUUUUAGCCAUUGUGGAUCCUGUGACGAAAGCUGCACAGAGGCUUGCUCCUUUAUUGUUGGUUUUGAAUCAAAUCAUAAAUAUGAACUUGCGUGUUUUUAUGAACUGCCAGUCCAGGUUAUCUGAAAUGCCUCUGAAAAGUUUCUACCGUUAUGUUUUGGAACCAGAGCUUGUGUUCACCCCAGACCACAAGUUAUCUUCUGGCCCCAUUGCAAAGUUCUUAGAUAUGCCACAGUCCCCACUUUUCACUCUGAGUACGAGCACGCCUGACAGCUGGAUGGUGGAGUCUGUGCGAACCCCUUACGACCUGGACAAUAUAUAUUUACAAGAGGUGGACAGCAUUGUAGCUGCUGAGUUUGAACUUGAACAUCUGCUUUUGGAAGGCCACUGUUUUGACAUAUCUACUGGACAACCACCCCGAGGACUCCAGUUCAAUCUGGGAACAGCAAACAAUCCUGUGAUGGUGGACACCAUUGUCAUGGCUAACCUUGGGUAUUUCCAGUUAAAAGCUAACCCUGGAGCAUGGAUUCUUCGUCUCAGGAAAGGCCGUUCCGAGGAUAUAUAUAGUAUUUACAGUCAUGAUGGCACAGACUCUUCUCCAGAGGAUAAAGACGUGAUCAUAGUUCUUGAUGAUUUCAGGAGCAAAACCAUCAAAGUAAAGGUUCAGAAGAAGGCAGACAAGAUGACUGAAGACCUCCUGAGUGAAGGAUCUAAUGAAAGCGAGUCAGGCUUCUGGGAUUCCAUCAAAUGGGGAUUUUCUGGAGGUCAGAAACAAGAAGAGGUGAAACAAGAUAAAGAAGAUGUGAUUAACAUCUUCUCCGUGGCCUCUGGACACUUAUAUGAGCGAUUCCUCAGAAUAAUGAUGUUAUCUGUACUGAAAAACACACAGACGCCAGUGAAGUUUUGGUUUUUGAAAAAUUAUUUAUCUCCUACGUUUAAGAACUUCAUUCCUCACAUGGCAAAGCAGUACAACUUCCAGUAUGAGCUGGUCCAGUAUAAGUGGCCCCGAUGGCUGCAUCAGCAGACAGAGAAACAGAGGAUUAUUUGGGGAUACAAAAUCCUCUUCUUGGAUGUACUUUUCCCACUGGCUGUGGAUAAAAUUCUCUUUGUGGAUGCUGACCAGAUAGUCCGUACUGAUCUCAAAGAUUUGAGAGAUUUCAAUCUGGAUGGUGCCCCAUAUGGAUACACUCCUUUCUGUGACAGCCGUAGGGAGAUGGAUGGAUACCGUUUCUGGAGGUCUGGUUACUGGGCUAGUCACUUAGCAGGACGAAAAUACCAUAUCAGUGCUUUAUAUAUAGUGGAUUUGAAGAAAUUUCGGAAAAUUGCUGCAGGAGACCGACUCCGAGGCCAAUAUCAGGGCCUGAGUCAAGAUCCCAACAGCCUCUCCAAUCUGGACCAGGAUUUGCCCAAUAAUAUGAUCCACCAAGUGCCUAUUAAGUCACUUCCUCAGGAAUGGCUGUGGUGUGAGACAUGGUGCGAUGAUGCUUCCAAGAAGAAAGCCAAGACUAUAGACUUGUGCAACAACCCAAAGACCAAAGAGCCCAAGCUAGAAGCAGCUGUGCGUAUUGUUCCAGAGUGGCAAAAUUAUGACCAGGAAAUCAAGAGUCUCUACAAACAUUUUCUGGAAGAGACUUCAGAAAUAACAGUCGAACAUUCUGAUAAUGUUAGAAAACCAGAUACACAAGAUCACAAGUCACAUGUGGAAUUAUGAUCUAUGGAUGUCUGCGGGAACAUGGACUUUUUUUUGUGGAAAUUUUGAGAUUAUUGUAAUUUUUUUUACUUAUGUUGAUUUUACAGAAUGUCUGCAGAACUGCUGAAUGGUUUGAUAAGCUGAGCUUUAGGGGGUUAUUUAUAUUUUGGGUGUGAUUUUUUUUUUUUGGAGGUUGCUAAAGGGAAUAGGCCAUCAGGACUGACGUUUGACUUCCAGGCUGUGUUCUAGUUCAUGGCCAGGGAAGUAUCUAUUCACCUUCUCUAUGAGUGAGGGGCGUGUCCUGGAACUAGCCUGCAGCCUGAAAGCCACAUAUAUAAUGGCAUCUCAGACUCCUUAUAUAGGUAUUUAGAUUGAUGACAAAUUCCUUUUAACAUUUAGCCAUAUCUUUGGGGUACUAUGAAGAAAACAUACAUUCCUGGGAAUGUAUGGCAUCUAUUAUGAGUGAUUAAACCACUGAUACCAUUGAUAUAGUGUUAAUAUUAAAAGGUACACAGAAUGAAAUGAUUUUCUGUGUUUUAUCAUUGUGCUAUAUGCCCAAAUACUACAGAUGUAUACUGUGGCCAUUGUGAUGUUCCAAAAGCAACCUUAACCUCUAAAUGUCUUACUUUCAGCGUUGCCGGGUGCAUACUGCUUACAAUGUUUGUUUACUGUUUAAUAUGAGCGCACAAUCAGGGAUUGUGAAUGCGUCCUCUUAUGUUACCCCCUAUUUCUUGAUAGUAUUUGUUCAAACCACUCACCUAAAUUUACAUCAUACUUUCCCUCCCGGGGUGUCCCCUACUCCUAUCUUUUGAUUUUCCUAUAUUUCUUUAAGGUAGCUGUUCAGGUUACUACUUUACAAUUACACAAUACCCUAUGAUAUCACUUUCUCUUCUCAUUCUUUAUGAAACGCAAUAGACCCGAGGGGGUAUAUAUGUUGUACCACUAUGGAUCAUAACACGCUUUUUUUUUUUUAAAGUUUAAGUUCACCUUUUAACAAAAAAGAAUAAAUGCACAUUUUUUGGAGGUAAAUUGUGCAUUUACUACUUUUUGUUUUAGGAGCCUGGAAAGCAUUGCACCAGCGAUCAGCAGAUUGCUUAUGCCAUGCAGGUCUCCUGCAGACUGUCAGUGUAAACUGUCUAAACUGUCUGCCAAUACCUCCAGUACGGGCAGGCAGUUUUCACUGACAGAAAGAAUCAAUGAACUACUUAGAGGGCUCAACAGCACCAUGGUAGUUCAUUGAGAACUACAAGCCGACAGCCACAAAGGCUUUCUGUAGUUGUAGUCCAACCAUUCACAGAACACUGGAAAUGAAGGACGCAGUCGGGUGGGCGGAGCUCUGCAUUGCACAUGCUGUCUUUAGAUUGUGGCAGGAGGGGGGAGUUGCGCGAUCCUCCUCUCUCUGCCAAAACGGGGGAUAAAGGGGGGGUUGCGGGGGCCGGUACAUUUGCAACAUGUUGCACACUGAAGAUAGGUAUAACAUGUUACAAAAGGGGAACUUACCCUUUAAGCAUUGGUCUGUCAGUCUUAGCUUAGUUGUACUUGGGAUUUUGCAACUAUGGAUUUUGAAAUCUAAAUUUUUUUUAAUUUUUUAUCAUUUCUGUACUUUUGAUUUUACUUAACAAAGAAAACUUUUGCUUCUUUUAGUCAGCGCAUAUUCUAGCUGCUCUUUCUCUAUCAUCUAAGAACACCGUAGCUCAUUGCUCAGCAACACACCGAGCUUUCAGAUCCAAAGGUUUGUUGAUACAGCUUUAUCAAUGCUUUUUCAGGUGGAGUCAUGCUUUUACAGGGGUGGCACAAGUUGUUUCUUACUUCAGGCCCAGGGAUUUGCUGAAAGUACUUCCUACUACACUGCUUUAGUGAGCAAUCAUUCUGAUUUUGAUUCCAACCCCUUUCAUUGUUUCUCAUCCUCAGCCCCCUUUCAAGUGCAGAUCAAGGGAAUACAGGUAAUAGAUGAUGAUGCACUAGAAAAAGAGAAUAUUUUUGGACAUUUAAAAAUGCAGCUAUUAAUGGUGGAACCAGUGACACCGUAAACCAGACUCAUUGUUGUGUCUCUUUUUUGUGAAGUUACAAUGUCUUUUAAUAUUGAGUCUGCAGGCAAAAUGGCUUCCUUUGUUUUGUUGUCUGGCCAAAAUGAUUGCAUUCUGUGCUACUAGUCAUCACAUGUACACCAGUUUAUUGAAGGGUAAUAUUCUAGUCUCACACGUCCAUCUAAUGUAAAGAAGGCUGACAUCUCACAAGUACCUGUGUACACAAUAUAAGAUUCUGUAUUAUGCUGACUUUUCCGAAACCAUUGCUUUGUAUCAGAUGAUGUUACAUUACUCAGCAAAUGUGAUAGGUAUUAGUUUUGCAAGUUAAUCAAUGCACCCUGUUGCUAUAGAGGCUUUGGAGUUGAGCUUUUCUUUGUUUUAGGAAUCUAAAAUAUCAAAUAGAAAUAUGGGAGCUGGCAGUGCUGAGUUCCCAAAAAUCCUAGAUUCCAGGCUGUUUUGUCGGCGAAAAGACAAAUACCCUUAUUUGGGUACUUGUACCAGGUCACUGACUCAAAAUAUGGAUAUCCGGGUCAGCAUUACAUCUAAACAACUAGCAGUUUCAGGAUAGGAGGUCCUCAGUGGCAUAUUCGGUGUUUCCCAUAUGACAGGCUUUGCUUUAAGGAACAGAUCACCCAGAUUACAUUUCAGAUCAGUUCAGAUGCUGAUGUGUUGUACCACAUAUGGAUAUCCCCUGUCUGCUAGAGACUGAUGUUUCCUAAUACACACACCUUCUGUAUUCAUUAUGACGGUUUACAUCCCUUGCUUGAGUUUUAUAGCGCACAUGGUAAAGCAGAUCCUUGUGCAGAAAAAUCCAGGACAUUUGUCUAGAGCAGAUCGGUAUUUAACCUGAUCUGAAAUGGUGCCUUUGAGAGGUUUAAAAAGCCACUGAGGGAUUCUGCUUUCCUGUAUAAAAGUAUAACCACGUUUUGGAUGCAUGGUUUGUUUAAUUAAAAGCACGGUAUUGAUAAUUGCAGUUAGGACUCCUGUACACAAUCGUCUCACUGUGCAUCCAGAAUGAAGGGGACAAAGCCAGUGGCCACCUGUUGGCAGAUCAACGCCUUGUAGUGUGGAAUACCUAUUAUAAAUGAUGACGUGCAGCACUGUAUGUAUUAUCAGGGUUUCAAAAAUAGAUUCAAGAUAGUAGGCAUCCUGACACCCCCCCCCCCCAAAACCUUCUGAUCCAAAAUGCAAAAUUCACCCUGAGGUCUUCAUUUUAUGGACAAGACAGUAUUAUUUUCCAGUGAAGCUUGCAAGCAGCCAGUUGUGCAAAUUCACCAUUUGAUCCAGUUAUGUAUUCAAACCAAAAUCAUUCAAUGUAUUUUUAAAUGGUUCCCUUUAUCAGUUUAUUCCCAUGACUCUCUGCAUACCAGAAAUUGAAUAAAGAUGAAGUUCA